AUGCCAGAUCAUUUGGGAGAUGAUAUGAGAAAAGUUAAAGAGGAGGAAAAAGAAGAGAAAGAGAUUAAAUCUCUCGACGAAGGCGAUAUUCAAUUAUUGAAGACUUACGGUCAAGGGCAGUACACAAAGUCUAUCAAAGGAGUAGAGGAAGACAUUCAGACAAUUAUUAAAAGAGUAAAUGAAUUGACUGGGAUUAAAGAGUCAGACACUGGGUUGGCUCCUCCAGCUUUGUGGGACUUGGCAGCAGACAAACAAACCCUGCAAAAUGAGCAACCAUUACAAGUCGCCCGCUGUACAAAAAUCAUCAACGCGGACUCUGAUGAUCCAAAGUACAUCAUCAAUGUGAAACAGUUUGCCAAGUUCGUUGUUGAUCUCGCGGAUUCGGUAGCACCUACUGACAUCGAGGAAGGAAUGAGAGUUGGAGUUGAUAGGAAUAAGUACCAAAUUCAUAUCCCACUGCCACCCAAGAUCGAUUCUACCGUCACCAUGAUGCAGGUUGAGGAAAAACCUGAUGUCACUUACAGUGACGUUGGUGGAUGCAAAGAACAAAUCGAAAAACUACGAGAAGUUGUCGAAACACCCUUGUUACACCCGGAGAAAUUUGUCAACUUGGGUAUUGAACCACCAAAAGGAGUCUUAUUAUUCGGGCCACCCGGUACCGGUAAAACUUUGUGUGCUCGUGCUGUUGCUAAUCGUACCGAUGCUUGUUUCAUUCGUGUCAUUGGUUCAGAAUUGGUUCAAAAAUAUGUUGGAGAGGGAGCUAGAAUGGUAAGAGAAUUAUUCGAAAUGGCAAGAAGUAAAAAAGCUUGUUUAAUAUUCUUCGACGAAAUUGAUGCUAUCGGAGGUGCUCGAUUUGACGAUGGGGCUGGUGGUGAUAAUGAAGUCCAACGUACUAUGUUGGAGCUUAUCAAUCAACUUGAUGGUUUUGAUCCACGAGGAAACAUCAAAGUACUGAUGGCGACCAACCGACCAGACACUUUGGAUCCAGCGCUCAUGCGUCCCGGUCGUCUGGACAGAAAGGUUGAAUUUGGUCUUCCUGACUUGGAAGGCCGGACCCACAUCUUCAAGAUCCACGCUCGCUCUAUGAGUGUAGAACGUGACAUCAGAUUUGAGCUUCUUGCACGUCUUUGUCCUAACAGUACUGGAGCUGAAAUCAGGUCGGUUUGCACAGAGGCUGGAAUGUACGCGAUCCGUGCCAGACGUAAGGUAGCCACCGAAAAAGACUUCCUUGAUGCCGUCAGCAAGGUUAUCAAGUCCUAUGCGAAAUUCUCCGCUACUCCUAAAUAUAUGACUUACAACUAA